UUUAGGGGGAGGGGAGCGGGAGUAGAUUAUCGGACUGAUUAGAGGCACUCACUUAGAUUCCUUUAGGUUCUGAUGGGAUAGCCUGGGCAGCAUGGGCAACGCGGCCAUGUGUAAGGUGUGCGGCUCGGACAAGGCCCUGAGGACUGCCGGGAGCCUGUCUAACCUGGACCAGAAUGCUUUGCCAGACUUCUACUGUGUGGAGCAUUUUCCCGUGCAGCCUCCAAGGAUGCUGUCGGACAGUAAUACCAGUUUCCUGCGAGCGGCGAGAGCAGGGAACAUCGACAAGGUUUUGGAAUAUCUGAAAGGGGGAGUGGACAUCAGCACCUGCAAUCAGAAUGGUCUUAAUGCACUGCACCUGGCAGCCAAGGAGGGCCAUGUGGAUCUGGUCCAGGAGCUGUUGGAGAGAGGAGCCGCAGUGGAUUCAGCCACAAAGAAAGGAAACACAGCCCUUCACAUAGCCUCGCUAGCUGGUCAGGCUGAAGUAGUGAAGAUCCUGGUUAAACGAGGAGCUGACAUCAAUUCCCAGUCUCAGAAUGGAUUCACUCCUCUGUACAUGGCCGCCCAGGAGAACCACAUGGAUGUGGUGCGCUAUCUGCUUGAGAAUGGAGGCAACCAGAGCACUGCUACUGAGGAUGGCUUCACCCCUCUGGCCAUCGCCCUCCAGCAGGGCCACAACCAGGUGGUUUCUGUCCUACUGGAGAACGAUACGAAAGGCAAGGUCCGCCUGCCUGCCUUGCACAUUGCUGCCCGCAAGGACGACACCAAGUCAGCUGCCCUGCUCCUCCAGAAUGACCACAAUGCCGAUGUCCAGUCGAAGAUGAUGGUCAAUAGGACUACUGAGAGUGGAUUCACCCCCCUGCAUAUCGCUGCGCACUAUGGCAACGUCAACGUGGCCACACUCCUGCUGAACCGAGGGGCAGCAGUCGACUUCACGGCCAGGAAUGGGAUUACUCCUCUUCAUGUGGCGUCCAAGCGUGGCAACACUAACAUGGUGGGCCUGUUACUGGACCGUGGCUCCCAGAUUGAUGCUAAAACAAGAGAUGGUCUGACCCCCCUACACUGUGCUGCCCGGAGUGGACACGAUACAGCUGUGGAGGUCCUGCUGGAGAGAGGUGCACCCUUGCUGGCCAGGACCAAGAAUGGGCUGUCUCCUCUUCACAUGGCGGCACAAGGCGACCACGUCGAAUGUGUCAAGCACCUUCUGCAGCACAAGGCUCCUGUAGACGACGUGACGCUGGACUACCUGACGGCGUUGCACGUGGCGGCUCACUGCGGCCACUACAGAGUCACCAAACUGCUGCUGGACAAGAGGGCCAACCCCAACGCCAGGGCGCUGGUACGAUUAACCCUUGUGUUGUUGACCUUUGACCGGGACAUUUUCUGGUCUUCUGCGUCAAAAUCUAAAAUACAACUUUUUAAAAAACUUUUGUCACAUGGAGCCUCGAUCCAGGCCAUUACAGAGUCUGGUUUGACCCCCAUCCACGUGGCGGCCUUCAUGGGUCACCUGAACAUCGUCCUGCUGCUACUGCAGAACGGCGCCUCAUCCGACGUCAGCAACAUCCGUGGAGAAACAGCUUUACACAUGGCGGCCAGGGCGGGCCAGGUGGAGGUGGUCAGGUGUUUGCUGAGGAACGGAGCCAUGGUGGACGCCAGGGCGCGGGAGGACCAGACCCCCCUCCACAUUGCGUCCCGUCUGGGUAAAACCGAGAUUGUGCAGCUGCUGCUGCAGCACAUGGCCCAUCCGGACGCUGCCACUACCAACGGCUACACCCCCCUCCACAUCUCGGCCCGGGAGGGCCAGGUGGAGACGGCCUCCGUCCUGCUGGAGGCUGGAGCUUCACACUCACUGGCCACCAAGAAAGGUUUUACUCCCCUGCAUGUGGCCUCCAAGUACGGAAGCCUAGAUGUGGCUAAGCUUCUGCUGCAGCGUCACGCUCCAGCGGAUUACGCUGGAAAGAACGGCCUCACCCCGCUCCAUGUCGCGGCACAUUACGACAACCAGAAGGUGGCGCUCCUGCUUUUGGACAAAGGAGCGUCCCCCCACGCCAUGGCCAAGAACGGCUACACUCCGCUCCACAUCGCGGCUAAGAAGAACCAGAUGGACAUCGCCACCGUGCUGCUGCAGUACGAAGCCGAGACCAACAUCCUGACCAAGCAGGGAGUCACCCCGCUCCAUCUGGCCUCCCAGGAGGGCCACGCCGAUAUGGCUGCCCUGCUAAUGACCAAGGCCGCCCAGGUCAACAUCCAAACUAAGAGCGGCCUGACUGCCCUCCAUCUGGCAGCCCAGGAGGACAAAGUGGCUGUUGCCGAGAUCCUCGCCAAAAACGGAGCCAACCUCGACCAGCAGACCAAAUUGGGAUACACCCCGCUAAUUGUAGCAUGUCACUACGGUAACGCCAAGAUGGUCAACUUCCUGCUUCAGAAUGGAGCCAAUGUCAACGCCAAGACCAAGAAUGGAUACACUCCUCUUCACCAGGCAGCGCAGCAAGGAAACACACACAUCAUCAACCUGCUGCUGCAAAGCGGUGCCAAGCCCAACGCUAUCACCGUGAACGGUAACACUGCGCUGGGGAUCGCUCGGAGGCUGGGCUACAUCUCGGUGGUGGAUACGCUGAGGGUCGUCACCGAGGAGAUCAUAACCACCACAACGACGGUGACGGAGAAACACAAGCUGAACGUGCCAGAGACCAUGACUGAAGUGCUGGAUGUCUCGGAUGAAGAGGGUGAUGACACGAUGACAGGUGACGGAGGGGAGUAUCUGAGGGCGGAGGACCUCAGGGAGCUGGGAGAUGACUCCCUGCCAGGACAGUAUCUGGAUGGAAUGAACUACCUCCGCUUCAGCUUGGAGGGGGGGCGCAUCGACAGUCAAAGGCCAAGUUCCGACAGGUCCUUCACCCCCACUCACCACAGCUAUUACUCCCCCAAACAUGAAGGCAUGAUGGAAGAGAUGCUCGCCAGUCAACAGCUUUCGUCACUAGCCGUAGAGAACGAGAGGGAUUCGUAUCGCCUGAGUUGGGGAACAGAGAACCUGGACAACGUGGCGUUAUCCUCCAGCCCCAUUCACUCCGGCCAUUCCUCUCCGUGCCCUGAUCAUGGAGACCACAGCAGCUUCCUGGUCAGCUUCAUGGUGGACGCCAGGGGCGGAGCCAUGCGUGGUUGCCGGCACAACGGCCUCCGCAUCAUCAUCCCGCCCAGGAAGUGCAGCGCGCCCACGCGGGUGACGUGCCGGCUGGUGAAGAGGCACCGUCUGGCCACCAUGCCCCCGAUGGUUGAGGGCGAGGGCCUGGCCAGCAGGAUCAUCGAGGUGGGGCCCUCUGGAGCCCAGUUCCUCGGUCCUGUUAUUGUGGAGAUCCCACACUUUGCCGCCCUGAGGGGAAAAGAGAGGGAGCUGGUGAUUCUGAGGAGUGAGGGGGGAGAGAGCUGGAAGGAGCAUCACUGUGAACACACCCAAGAAGAACUCAACCAGAUACUCAACGGCAUGGACGAGGAGCUGGACACGCCAGAGGAGCUGGAGAGGAAGCGCAUUUGCCGUAUCAUCACUAGAGAUUUCCCACAAUACUUUGCAGUAGUGUCCCGCAUCAAGCAAGACAGUAAUCUGAUUGGUCCUGAAGGAGGCAUCCUGAGCAGCACUGUUGUGCCUCAAGUGCAGGCGGUUUUUCCUGAGGGGGCCCUCACCAAGAGGAUAAGGGUUGGACUGCAGGCCCAACCAGUGAGUGUGGAUGUAGCAAGGAAUAUCCUGGGGAACAAGGCCACCUUCAGCCCCAUUGUCACCCUGGAGCCCCGCAGAAGGAAGUUCCACAAACCCAUCACCAUGACCAUCCCUGUCCCAAAGAGCAACUCAGACCUAGUCCACAAUGGCUUCGGAGUGGACACUCCCACCCUACGACUGCUCUGUAGUAUCACCGGCGGAACAACGCCUGCUCAAUGGGAGGACAUAACAGGAACCACUCCAUUAACAUUCAUCAAUGACUGUGUCUCCUUUACUACCAAUGUGUCUGCAAGAUUCUGGCUGAUAGACUGUCGACAAGUCCAGGAAUCUGUCAAUUUCUCCACUCAGGUGUACCGCGAAAUCAUCUGCGUCCCUUACAUGGCCAAGUUUGUCAUCUUUGCCAAGACCCACGAUCCCAUUGAAGCCCGACUACGGUGCUUCUGUAUGACAGACGACAAGAUUGACAAAACCCUGGAGCAGCAGGAGAACUUCUCUGAGGUGGCCCGCAGCCGAGAUGUUGAGGUCCUGGAAGGCAAACCUAUCUAUGCAGAUUGCUUUGGAAACCUUGUUCCGCUCACCAAAAGUGGCCAGCACAAUCUCUUCAGCUUCUUUGCCUUUAAGGAGAACAGACUAGCAAUUUUCAUCAAAAUCAGAGACAACACUCAGGAGCCCUGUGGCCGUCUGUCCUUUAUGAAAGAACCCAGAAACUACAGGUCACUCACCCAAAAUGCCAUAUGCAACCUUAACAUCACCCUCCCAUCAUACAGCAAGGAGUCCGAUUCAGACCAAGAGCAAGAGGAAGAGACCAACAGAAUGCCAGAGAAAUAUGAAGAGACACCGGCAUCUGUCCUGAAAUCAGACGUGAUUCGAGAGCCAGACCUUCUAUCCGACGUGUCAGAGAUGAAACAAGAUUUGAUCAAAAUGACUGCCAUCUUGACUGCAGACUCCGUAGAGAAAUCCCCUUCCUUAGGAAGGUGUGGUCUAGAGAAAGGGACUGAGGAUGUGUCUGGAGAGCCAUUAGAAAUAAUGGAGAAGGACUUAGAGAAAGUCAAAGAGGACCUAGAGAAAGUCAGUGAGAUACUGAGGAGUGGCACGUUUGAGGGUCAGGCAGCCGAGGAGGCAGUAAAAGCAGCUAGAAUGGCCGAGGAGUGGGUUCUUCUUUCAGACAGUGAAAUACAGGAGGCCAAAAAGAUGGCAGCCUUACAAACGCAAGAGCCUGUCUUACGUGAAAGUAGAGCUAACAGAGGAACCCCCAGACCUAAAGCAAUAAAAGACAGUGGGGACCUUAAGGAAUACCUCCUGGAUGCACCAGUAGGCUCCAAAAUAAAAGCUAAAAAAGAGCCAGCCGUACAAGAAAAAUUCACUGAUGUUGUACUACGCAAAAGUGCGAAACCAUCUACUCAAACCAAAGGGCAGGACAAGACAGCUGCUGGUGAUGUUAAAAAGCCAGUCAGAAGGAAGGGGAAAGACCAGGGGCGAGCAGAGGAAUCAACAGAGUCAGGUGCUCUGCUAAGUGUGCCUGCAGCCGCUGCCCCAGCAUCACCUGUAUCUCCAGUGGUUGAAGAAACUCCCAUUGGGUCAAUUAAGGACAAAGUCAAAGCCUUACAACAAAAGGUAGAAGCAGAGCAAAAAAGCAAAAAGGUAACUGGAAGCAAACCUUCACAGUUGCCUGUUAUGAGCAAACCCUCUCCAAAGGCCAAAGAAAGCCCUAAAUCAAAACAGGGCCACCCUAAAUCCCCCAAAGCUGAAUCAGAAAAACUUGAAGAGACAAUGUCAGUUAAAGAGCUGAUGCAAGCAUUCCAAACAGGGCAGGACCCUUCAAAGAGAAAGUGUGGCCUAUUCGAGCUCAAAACAUCCACUAAGCCAAGCUCAGAGAAACCCACAACAUCAGAAACCAUCCAGUCAAAAUCAAAAGCCAUAACCUCACGUGUCUCUCAAGAACGAGAAUUAUCUUUGGAUUCCAAACCUCGCAAGAAAGAGACCACUGAGCCAGACAGAGCAAAAGAAAUCAAGUCAGUUGCUGUUGCUCAUUCAGAGCUAACUGAAACUGUAGACUUUGGUAAUGGUGGCCUUGAUGAUAGCUCUGACAGCUCAAAACAUGAGGGUGUGGCAGACUCACUAAGUGCCAGUUCUGGAGAUGGAACUGCUCAUCUGAGCUCUGAGGACAGUUACAAACACGAGGGUCUUGCCACUCCAGACAUAAGCCCAGAGAGUGUGUGUCUUUCCCCCAAAACUGGACAACAGACCUCUACAACUUCGACAGCAACUGUCACAGCAGUCAAGAAAGAAUGUAAAGACACAAAGUUUGGAGACUCUGGUGUAGGGACCACUGGUGACCAACUGUCUGCAGAUUUGACUCUUCCUGUUUCUUCCAACGAGGCUGCAGAUGACCACUCUACAAGUGAGUCCCUGUCUGUUAGGAGGGGCGAGUCUAAGCCAACUAAACCUCAAAAGCUUACAAAGAGAAUUUCAGAGACUGUAGAAAGUUUUCUUAGCGAUGAUGAAAGCCCUGAUCGUCGGCUAGUGUUGCCUUUAGUUGGUUCUCCAACCUCUAGAUCCUCUUCUCAGCAUCAUGAAUGUUUAGAGCUGGCUUUAAAACAAGACUCCGAUGCUCUUAGCCCCUUAGCUGAUGACUCCUUGACAAUAAGCCACAGAGACUCUCUAGAUGGUAGUCCUCUCAUGGAAGAAAACUCCUCUCAUAAGUCCCCAGAUUCGAUUGAACCUAGCCCAACCAAGGAAUACCCCCCUCAUGACUCCUUAGAGAGUAGCCCUGUAGAGGAAAAUAUACACCUAUGCUUUCCCUCAAAUCGAUGUCCACCUAGUCAAUCGUCUAGCCAUCCAGAGCCCUCCAGAGCUACAGAAUUCCCCCACGAUGCUUUGCGUGGUAGGCUGCUUCGAGACCAUGAGGCUAGUGCUGAUGAUGACAGUUGUGAGCAGACAUCUCAGAUGACAAGUUCGGGUAAGAGUCCCCUCUCCCCUGAUACUCCUAGUUCUGAAGAGGUAAGUUAUGAGGUAAACCCCCAACCCCUUGAUCAUACAUUCCUCUCUGUUCCAUCCACACCGGCUGUCAUCCCUGAAGACCCAAAAGAAGAGGAUACAUCAGACAGCUAUGAAGCUAAGAGAAAAAUCACUCCAGAGGAGGAGAUGUUUAAGAUGGCAGCCAAAAUAAAAACAUUUGAUGAGAUGGAACAAGAUGAGAGGAGCAAAAACAACUCGAGAAAAGAUUUGUUUCCCUCAGCAGGUGCCAAAAUAGGCGAUGACAGCUAUGAAACAAUAGCGCCCACAAGUGAGAAGCUUGCGCAGAGUGAAUGUGGGCUUAAUAGACCCGCUGAAGAUUCAAACUUAGCUCUAUUUGUUGAUCCCUAUAAUAAAGUACAACCUCCCUCUCCUUUUUCAGCAGGUUUGCAUGACGGCUCACACAGCAAUGAGGCCAAGAACACAACAAGAACACCAGCCACUGUCACUUCAGAGGGACCUCACUCUGUCUCAGACCAGCAUCAUUCAAAAUCCAAACUUGAAACUGCAGAACCAAGAACCCUGUCAUCUGUUAAGGCUGAUGAAGACAACACCGCUAAAAAAACUGCUAUAACAUCAAACGCUGAAAAUAGGACUGAUGAGCAAAAGGAAGAGAGCUUAAGGAAGUCAAGAGACAGCAAUGGAGAUGAUAAGGAUGGCCAAGAGGCAGGUGUUAGCAGACUACAGACUGGUAGGGUAAAACAAGGUAACAAUGUAACAGAUGAAGUAAAAGGAGAUCAACAUGAGCAUACAGAAGCUGGACUCGUACCUGUUGCCACAGGUCAAACAAAGGAAAUGUUAAAACCGCAGGUCUGUGUAUAUGAUGGCACAGAAGAGGAUGAUGAGGCUUUGGAACCUCCUAGAACUGAGUCAAAAGGUGUCACUGCAAGGGUAGACACUGACUCAUGGUCUGCCAUGCGGGAGGAUGAUGCUGCUUUUGCAGCUCGUGUCAAAGAAGAGGAACAGAAAAUACUCAAUCUGGUGGUGGGCCGACAGUCUCUGCAAGCAACUCCAGACACAACACCUGGUAGAACACCAACAGAAGAGAGCACUCCUACCAGUGAGCCCAACCCUUUUCUAUUCCAAGAAGGGAAACUCUUUGAGAUGACCCGAAGUGGUGCUAUUGACAUGACUAAGAGGAGCUAUGAGGAAGAGGGGGGUGGUUUUGCCUUUUUCCAGAUAGGUGAACAGCCUUUAGAUGAGCCUCUUUUAGAAGAGGCCAGGCAAGAAGGUAGAUCAGCAGCAGAACCUGAAGUUGGCCUCAAUCUAACACUAGAGGUUGAGACUGAGGAGACUAAGAAAUCAAAAGAAGCAAGUGAUUCACAGCUUCAGUCCCCACUUGAGGGUGAUCAGUCAACCUCCAAAGCUGAUGCCUCCCAAUCUAAAAUCCCUAAAAUAGGCAUUUCCGCUUCAGCCAAAUCUACAAAGAAAGAUCAGACAUCCCCUGAAGGUCUAGAGAAUAAAACAGACAAACGUGAGAAUGAAGGCUCCUUAGAUUUAGACAAAAAGUCCUCUGACCAAAUGAUAACAACUGUACAGACAGCAGAAACUACAGUCACUAGAUCAGUUUACUCUGAGCAGGGCCAAGAGUCCUCUGAUUCAUCUCCAGAAGAACCACAGUCAGUGAUAGAAGCGCCCAAAUCAACAGGCAAGUCUAAACAAAGUGCUUCUAGUAGUGUUAAAAAGACUCCACCCAAAACACAAGCUAAGUCUGCUCCACAAGGUCGGGGUAAAUCCACAAUUCCCUCUCCAUCUCAUGCAACCUCCUCCUCAACCACUCUUAAAAAAGAGGCCUCUUUCACUUCUGAAUCUAAAUCUAGAAUUCCCAUAAAGGCCAGGCCUGAUUCUACUGUCAAACAUGCGGAAUCUACCCAAGACAAAAAACGUAAGGUCCCUGUAAAAAAGGAUUCAAGGAGAAAUUCUGAGACAGAUGCAGGUCCCUCUGUGCAAAUCAAAACCAAGACAACAUCUUCCAAAGCCAAGAGCUUCUGUGAGGGGGAGUCUUCCAGGCCACCUCCUAAAAAAGAACAAAGGCGCCCAUUGAGUGCUGAGUCAGCUAAAUCUAAAUGCUUCCAGUCGAGAUUACCAGUCCGGGGCAAAAGUGGUCAGUCAUCUAAUGCGGUGACACCCACUAAAGAGAAAAGUGAGCCACACAAACAGUCCAUUGAGUUCUUUGAAGAGAUAAGCGAUGAAGCAGCAAAACUUGUGGCAAGGCUGGCACAGGCAAAGACAGAGAAAGAACAAGAGGCUGUCGCCGCCAACUCGGAUGAUGAGAGCAGUCUCAUUGAUCCAUCAGUCAUAGAAAGAGAAACUGAGAUGCAGUUCCCACCCUCAGGAGACGUCUUUCCCAUUAGACCACUGUGGGACAACCCUGUUGAGACACAGAUGCAGCGAAUCCCAGAUGAUAAAGUCCAAAGUCAAGUAGAUCCGCAGGAUGAAGCGGAACGAAAAGAGCAACGGUUGGCCAUUAUAGCCGACCACCUUGGAUUCAGUUGGACAGAGUUGGCACGAGAACUGGACUUUAGUGAGGAGAGGAUCAACAGGAUAAGGAUUGAAAACCCCAACUCACUGCAAGACCAAAGCCAUGCCCUUUUAAAACUCUGGGAAGAGAGGGAGGGAAAGCAUUCCUCAGAAACAACACUGAUCAAAAGACUGACUAAGAUCAACCGAAUGGACAUUGUUCACCUCAUUGAAACCAAGAUAUUCAAGUCCAGUCAGGACGACACAUCAUCACAUACCUAUGCAGAAAUAGAACAGACCAUAGCACUGGAUCAUAGUGAGGGUUUCUCUGCCCUUCAUGAUGACAUUGACAGCCCCAGUCCAGUCAGGAGUACAGGGUCCGCACGUAGGAGUCCAGGCUCGGGACAAGAGGUACCCAUGGUGUCAGCAGAGGACCUGUCCUCAAGUUUGUCAUCACUUCACGACACAACGGGACGGCCGGAGACAGAUUCCACCGCAGUAGGCCUUCUUAGGAAUGUCCAGAAAGAGAAACUACAAAAAGAGAUGGAGACAGCAUACUCAUCACAAAGAGUAUAUGAGGAACUGACAGACACGGUACAAACAGGCAGUUUUAAACAAGCUUCUCCUCAGACUCCAGAGGAAACCCAAUUUCAAACAGACCAUGAGGUGGAAAGCAAGUGGUUGUCUGCUAAGACAGCGACACCAGGUGCCACUCAAAUAGGUGUGGUGGUCACUGGUGACAGGUCAAUUCCCCUACAGCUACCUGAACAGAACUUGUACACAUCCCACAGAACUGUUACUCCAGUUCUUCCUGCAUCUGUUGAGACAUCAUGUUUCAAGUGGGACAGAUCGUAUGGACACUCAGAGUGGGGGUUUUCACCUAAGAAAGCACAGUCCAGUGAGCCUUUUACCCCCAUGACUACUCAGUAUUUUGUACCACAAGAUUAUGAUGCAGUAGUUUCAGGACAUCCAACCCUAAGAGUAUCUAACUUGAGUCCAGUGUUCAGUGACUCAAUUUCACCGCAGGUUUUGACUCAAGCCAGCACCAAGGGAGAGUCUGAAAAGGCUGAAGACUUUGAGUUUUCCCCAGACUUUAACCGAGUUCUCUCAGACUUUGAGAAAACGGUCUCCGACUUUGAAUCAGAGCGUCCAAAGGAUCUCAGAAAGGGAUCGGAAUCGCCCGAGCACUCUGACUCGGAUGUGGAAUUCUUCGACUGCAAACAAGCCUUCCCUGACCACUCUGAACCAGAUGAAGUAAAACUGGAAGAUGAGGUUAUGUAUCAUGUCUCUGAACCCCCGUCCCCAAUGCCUGGGAGUGGCACUGAUGCCAGCUUCCUGAAAGGGAGCUCUCAGUACACCACUCACCCUUUCCUUCGAGUGGAAGAUUGCAAGCGUUUCUCCUCUGGGAGUGAAAGUCUCGGUGAUUUAGCUUACGAUUCAGAGGGGUCACGGGAGUGUCGAACGGACGGCCCUGUGUGGGAGGAGCUUCCUUCCAGAGAUCAGGCAGGGUAUUCCGAUGAUGAUGACUUCCUGGGAAGGGAGAUAGAGGAGGAGCUAGGGGUGCUGUCCUCUGAUAGCUCAGAGGAGGAGGUGCUGACCACCAGGGUGGUCCGACGCAGAGUUAUCAUUCAGGCAGACGACCUCCCUGAUAUCCCAUCACAGACCGUCACAGAGGAGAAGUACACAGACGAGCAUGGCAACAUGGUCGUUAAGAAGAUCACGCGGAAGGUGAUUCGUAAAUACGUGUCAGCGGACGGCAUGGAGACCCAGGAAGUGACCAUCGAGGGGUCCCACCAGGAGACGGUGCAGGUCGAGGAGGGGGACUCUGUCUCCAGGGUGGUGAAGAGGACGGUGCUGCACAGCGAGGGAGACCAAAGAGAGCUGAGCUUCUCGGAGCCGCGGGCCCUCGGCGCCGGGCCCGGGCCCUCGGCCUUCCAGGCGGAGCCGGUGCAAGGUCGGAAGGUCAGCAAGGUUGUCAAGACGACGGUGGUGAGAGGCGAGAGGAUGGAGAAGCGGACGGGGGAGGCCUCGCUGGCGGCGGACCUCCCCUCGGCCAGGCGGGACUUCGAGAAGGCUUUGAGUUAUGCUGGAGGCUUUGGGAAAUCCCUCCUGCCUCAUGUAGUAGAGACCGAGAUUGUGCAGGACGACGGUUCUGUGAUUAAAAGAAGCCAGAUGCGUGAGUCGCGGACCCAGAAGAGGACCGUGGUGAGGGACGGCCUGGGGAAGCACGUCCACCUGGAGCGCGUGGACUCGCAGGCCGACGCCCUGCAACCCGACGCCCUGCAGCAGCACCUGCACCGACUGCUCCAACGCUACUGUGAGGACGACCAGGAGGACCAGGAGGACCAGGAGGACCAGGAGAGCUUUGACUGAGCACACAUCGUCCACUGAAGCCUUCCAGGGCCCCUUCUCGUUGUCCUCGCUGAUCACCGGAUUCCAGUUUUUCGUUGGAACAGUAUUUUGUGCUUUUACACUCUUCCUUCCUUCCUAUGUUUUUUCAUUUGCUCUUUUUGUGACCAAAGACGGCAAACCUUUAUUUCUUUUGUCGGUCCUUCUGGUUGCCGCGGUGCGAUGACGAUACCACGGCGGAUCAGAGACGGCGUCUCGGACGUUUCGCCUCACGCACGGGCCUCUUCUCGAAGAACUCUUGUAAACAUUUGUACAUAGAGCUACUGAAAAAUCAGCUUGGACUAGAGA